AUGACCAAAAAGGAGAUUUUUAAAACACAUACAUACUACAAUAUAAUAUUUAAUAGACAAAAGAUAGCAAACACGGCGAGUGGAGCCCUACGCCUGCUCGCCUCCGCCGAUCGCAGUGCCGUGCAUCAGCAGGACGCGAACAACCCCACACCACCAGCAGGGGCUUUGCCCGAACUUGACCACCCAGAAGCAAAGCUACAAUUAAUGGCCAGAGAAGAAAUUUCCAGGUACGAUCCCGCUAUUAACUAG